AGCCGCCCGCAUGCGUGGUGAAAGAGGCUGUUAGGAAAAGGUCUUAAGUUUGAUGAAUGUGCUGUUUUUUCAAAGUUUUAUUUCAAAAUUGUUUUAAAAGACUGUGACAGCGGCCCACUGCUCUUCAUGCUGAACGCUUUCACUAGGAGCCUCCAAUACGUUGUCCGUAGCCGUGUUGCCAUGGUAACGACGCACUUAACCGAUGCGCUGUCUGAAAUCCGCGGUUUGUACCUAAAUUUUACUUUACCUUGAGAAGAAGACAGCACAUUAAUGGAGCUCACUGGGAGCAGUUACGAAGGAGACACAACAAAUGGCAGGAUGGAGGGAAAAGGAGAAUACACCUUUCCCACAGAGACUAAGUAUGAGGGAGAGAUGAAGGAUGGGAUGUUCCAUGGCAAAGGAGUGCUACACUUUCCAAAUGGAAGUAAAUAUGAGGCCACUUGGGAAAACGGCAUAGCUAAACAGGGGUAUUUUACCUUUGCUGAUGGUCUGCAGUACCAGGAGAAGGACUGGGACUACUGUGAUGGCUAUGAUAGGCGCUUCUACAGUGAGAGGUGCAAUGGACUCAGAGCUGCAGGAGAAUCUCAGCUAACUGAUCUGCAUCCUCCACGCGUUAUUCCUGAUUGGUGUUACGAUUGUGGAGAUGGUUUCUAUGACCCCACAACGAGAGUUGUCACUUCCUACACGGGCAGAUUCCUCAGGAAUGCAGAAUGGUCCUGUAUCCUGUAUGGCUUUAUUUUUCAACCCUGGGAGGUGAAGGCACAUUUGUCAGAGUGGGUGUGAAGACAGAAUUUAUUGCCUCAUGACUUCCGCCCAGGAUGAGGACUGCAAGUAUGAUGGGACACAGGGAAGACCCACCCUCCCAGUGGGGACGUUUGCGGUAGCAAGGAAAGAGGAAGGAGCUCCACAUGUAAUGGUUACAACUGGUGGAUGUAGGACAAGGGAGAACUAGGCCAGUGAAAACAGUGAAGACAAAGCCUCAUAUCAAGAAAGAAGUUGCAAAAGGGACCCAUAUGGAACUGUUUUAAAACCCAGAUGAUUCAAGUUCUACCCCCUGGAACUAAAUAUCAUUGCUUGGAAAUAACAGGCUAAACUUUACUCUCGGGCCAAAACUGACCUAUUGCAAAGUCCUGCCCUCCUUAGUUACCGUUGUUAACUUGGACAAACAGCCCUUCUUGGAAUAGUGCCAAGUAGUGAAACAAUAGGAUCUGUUGCUAAUAUUCCCCAAGAGGUAUAGAGUAUUUUUGGAAUUGAACUGAUUUCUUGUCAUCAAGGAGCUGCUGAUACGCCUGCAUGUAUGAAGGGGUUUUUCAAGCGUACUGGUACAACAUAUCGAAAACGUAGGAUGAUAGAGGAAAUGGAGAGAGGUGAGAGUGUCAGCUGGAAUUACUAAGUGGGAACCUCCAGUGCCCAAAGAGUUCAAAAGUAAGAUAUGACAUUACUGAAACACUAACUCUCAAAAGUAACCCAUACUAUAGUGAAUCCUGUUUCUACAUUACCUCAUAAUUUUUUUUCAAAACCUUCAGCUAAUAAUUUAUCA